CCAAGUGCAAGCUCAUUCUCGUGACUUGGUCCAAUUUUUUCAUUCGUAUAAAUAAAAUAUAUCAUAAAUGAUAAAAAAAAAAAAUUAUUUUUUAUGAUGGCAAUUGAUUUUAUUUUUAAUACAAAACACAAUUAAACUAAUUUUAUUAAAUUAAAAAUUUCAUUCUAUGCAAACUAUUUUUCAUCACUCUAAACAAUGCUCCAACUAUCAUGGCUAAUAAGCUGUAAUUUCUAUAUUGAAAAAAUUCAAGUGAAUGAUAAGAUUGACCGAAAGUGUAAGGAUAUUUUAAGAUGCCAAUAAAAUAAUAAAUUAUUGAAAUUAUUGAUACAUAGUUGAUGAUAAAAUCAAUGUGUAGAAACAUUACCCAAGUGUAACAUUCAUUACUGUGAUUUAUGGGCACAAAGUUGGAGUUUCAUUUGACACUUGUGCUAUUGUAGAUCUUUGUAGGUGUCUGCUAAGGAAUGAAAUGAAUUUACCAAGUAGUCCUAGAUCUUUUUCAAGGUCAUACAUGGCCUUGGAUAGUAGAAAAGAUAGUUAUGUGAGAAUAGUUUAAUCGAUUGUAGAGCUAGAAUAAUUAACUAUGAGUCUCCAACACUUUGCAAUACCCCUGACAAUUUUGUUGAGUGUCCUCAUAUUCGCAUUUGAGAAGACUUCAAUUGACAAACCUAAGGAGCUACUCCGUCAUCAACAGAUCCACAAACCUCUGUUCAUCGAUCGUCGAUUGACGACUCAAGAUGUUAAAUUUCCUGUGUCAAGAGUGUCUAUGAACGCACGAAGGUCGCAACAGUUGGAGGAGCAAAAAGAAUCAAGUGAUGGAGAACACUUUGUUGUAACGGAAACCAACGUUGAGAAGCUUCAGAUAAGGCAUGGAAGGUCACGCGGUCAUUUUGGCAGAUCAAAAAAAGUUGGAGAUACUAAAUUAAUUCAAUCGAUUUCUAAAGUAUUUUCUCAAACUCCAAGUUACAAAAUUUCUGCCAUACACGAUGAAGACAAGGUAGUAGUUGAUGACGAUGUUGACUCAAUUUACUCAAAACUAACUGGAGCAUAUAUCAACGAUACUAUUUAUGAAGAUAUAGAUUUCGAAGACUCGACACUCGCUAACUCGACUGCCAAUUUGUCGCGGAGUAUUUUACACUCAACUAACUUCGGCCACGUGACAAAUAAAGAGGAAAUAAAACGCCGUGGUAAUACCUUUCAACAGCUUUACAAAAUAACUGAUGGUAGAAAUAAAAAGCCAAAAUUUAUCAAAGUGGCAGAUGUUGGAGAGAACAUUACGAGGAAUGAGAAUAUUUAUGGAAUGGUAAUACACAGCCCUGUUGAUGAAAGAAAUUCAAAUGAGUUUGCUGAAAAGUCUACCCUAGAAGAUUACGGUUAUGGCGUGGAACAAAACAAGAAUUGGACUAAUGAAUUAGUUCAUGUGAACGACGACGAUGCUAACGAUAAAUCAAUUGCAGAUGGGACGACAAAAAAGCCAGAUAAGCAGAGUGUUCAAGUGGACAUUGUUACACGCUUCUUAAGAAUAAUAGAGAAUCAGCAUCUACUUGGUGAGAAUUGCACUGCUGGAACGGAUCUAAAUCUUGGCGAAGGCGUGGUGGAUCAGUACGCCCAGGAAAGGUUUAGACUGGAAGCAAACUUUGCUGUAAAUCGAGCCAAUAUGUUGACUAGAUUGUGGAAGUAUGCUCCAGAAGUAAUGCUUUCAUCAGAAUAUCUUCUUCAUGCCAGUGUGUUAUCGAUGGUGGAGUUUGAUGAAGAUAUAUUUGCAGCUGGAAAUUGUUACGAUAAAAUGCAAUACAGAGAUCGUUGGCUUUAUUGUCCAUUUGCUCAUCGUCUUCAAGAUCAAGAUGGUAUUCUUGUCAAGGACCUGGCUGUAGAGUAUAAAUACUUGAGUAACAGCAGUGAGUGGUUUUAUAUAGCCAGGAAAAAUGCUGAAAAGGUUAUCGCCAACAAUAACCAAUUUAGUCGGGGUUUUCAUAGCUACACCUUAAAUGAAAGCACUCAUUCGGAUCGCGUGGAGGAUGAAAUUUUAACAGUGAGAUAUGAAGAUGGUCGUUGGUCUAAACCUUAUUACGAUUGUGGUGGAGGAAACAUUUGGAUGCUCACUUACACAGUGCCAUUUUUUGGUUAUGCCAACGACACAUAUUUUUUCAAAGGAACUAGUGGAAUCGAUAUUGAUCUUCGAAGAGUAGACAUCGAUCAAUGUCCCUUACCACCUGGUUCAACUCAACUGAAUAUUUUUGCAGCAAGCGAUAAAUGCAAGAAGCGCACUACUGAGUGUGUAGCAAUUCCUGGCCUUGGAUUUCGACGUGGUAGCUAUCGAUGCGUUUGUAAACGGGGUUUUUAUUAUCCAGACACUAAGUCCACGGAACGAUAUUAUAAUGGAACCGUCGUUGAAGAAGAAUUUGAAAAGCUUAUGCUGGGUGAAACUAGCCAGUAUGCAGUUGAAGGAGUUUUUGAAUGUCUUCCUUGUGCAGAGGGCUGUGAAUAUUGUGAAAAUGGAUCCCCUUGUAUCGUCUAUCUGAAUUGGCUAAUGAGGACUGCGAUACUAAUUCUAGAAUGUUGUGUUAUAGCAUGUCUCCCAGUCGUAAUCCUUUUCACAUGGAAAUAUGGAAAUGUUAAGGUUGUCAAAGCUGCAAGCCCCGUUCUAUUGAGAGUCAUUGUACUUGGAGCAUUUUUUAUUUAUUGUACGACAAUUGUCAUGUAUCCACGUCCAAAUGUCGUGACGUGCACUGUACGAGUCUGGCUUCGGGAAAUUGGAUUUUCCCUUACCUACGGCGCUCUUAUGCUGAAAACUUGGAGAAUAUCUGUGAUAUUUCGUGUCAAAUCGGCCAAAGCAGUGAAAAUUACAGACAUGAAUUUGCUAAAACGACUUGGAAUAAUAGUCACGAUAUUCAGUGUGUUUCUUGGAAUCCGAACAAUCGUUGCACCACCGGUAGUAAUUGUUGGAAGAACUGCUGAUGACCUCAAGGCAUAUCUUUGCCGGACAGACUGGUGGGAUCAUAGUUUUACAACUCUUGAAGUCAUGUUUCUUAUAUGGGGAAUAAGGCUGUGCAUAGUGGUGAGAAAAGCUCCAUCGGAAUUUAAUGAAAGUCGUUUCAUCUCAAUGGCUAUCUACAAUGAGUUUCUAUUAUCAGUCUUCUUGAAUGUAUCCAUGCUUUUCCUCCAGUCACCUGCUAAUCCCGAUCUUCUCUAUAUCAUUUUCUUUUGUCAUACGCAGCUCACAGUAACGCCUCUAUUGGGGUUAAUAUUCGGUAGUAAGGCUUACGUUGUAUUUCGCGGUGGAGGCAAAGAAGAUGCAAUUGGAAAGCUGCCGGGAGCAACUGGUAAAUUUAUUGGAAAGACGUGUCGACCGCAAGCAUCUAGCAACCAGACAAACUCUAUUUCUUUGCAACAGGCCAAUUUCACCGAGGAAGGUGAUGGAGUUACGGAAGAAUUUCGUCGUUUAUACACUCAAUUAGAAAUGUUGCGAGAGAAGAAUAUGCGAUUAGGAAAUCGUCAUUUAGUUACUAAAAUAUCAGCAAUGCAAGAAGCAGCAAAUCGUGCUGAUACUAAUGUUCCAGCGAUUCAAAUUGUUUGGUCAACCCUUAAAAUAAAUGAGUUAUCUAGUUCUGCAAUAGUAGAGUCAAAAAUUGAAGAAAAGUCAAAAGCAGAAUCAUACAAAACGGAUAAUAAUGAAAAUGUAGAUGAAACAUUAUUAAAGAAUGAAUGUGAAUGUAUAAGUGGUGAAGAUGAAAGUAAUGAAAUUCCUUCAACUUCGAUAAAGCAGCUCGAAAACUCGGCUGACAAUAAGGAAACUUUGAGAAACAAAUGUGAGAAUAUUAAUCUUGCAACAGCAGAAUCGUCAUCGUCAUCAGCAGCAUCAUCCAACCCAAAUGUUCUAACCGCUACUGUAGAGAAUAAUGGUGAAGUAAUUACUGAAACAAAAGUAAAAGAUGGUAAAGAAAGAGAUAAAAAUAAAUCCGGUCACGCUCGUACGCAUGCAAUUGUCAUUAAUCUCGACGAUAAAAGUAGAUUUUCCGAGGAAGUUACAGUUUAAAUAGUAUAUACAUGAAAUAUGUCAGACUGCUUUGUUUUAUUGCGAAAUAUAACUUUAUUUUUACAGCUUAUUUUCAUUACUUGAAAACUGCUUCAUUUAACAUAGUCAUAAAAUUCUGCUAUAAUAAUUAUUAACUCGGGGCUUUCGUUUUCUACUGAAGUCUAUAAUUUUAUUGCAGAAAUAAAAAGAUAGAAAAUGACAACUGACUUACUGA